AUGAACCUCCUGCAAGGACUGCACCAUGCGCAUGGGAACCACAGUCUGGUGGCAAGGGUGAGUGAAAGGAGCUCCGCCUCGGGUUGCUACGAGCAGGUGAUGGUCUCCCCGGAGGUGUUCCUCACGUUGGGUCUGGUAAGCCUCCUGGAGAACAUGCUAGUCAUCGCCGCCAUCGUGAAGAACAAGAACUUCCACUCGCCCAUGUACUUCUACAUCUGCAGCCUGGCCGUAGCCGACCUUCUCGUGAGCGUCUCCAAUGCGACCGAGACCAUCGCGAUGGCGCUUUUCACCAGUGGCCGCCUGGCCGUCUCCGCCGGCGUCCUGAAGAGCAUGGACAACGUGUUUGACUCCACCAUCUGCAGCUCCGUCCUGGCAUCCAUCUGCAGCUUGCUGGCCAUCGCCGGGGACCGCUACUUCUCCAUCUUCUAUGCCCUCCGCUACAGCGACCUGAUGACGUGGCGGCGGGCGAGCGCCAUCAUCGCCGGCAUCUGGAGCCUGUGCGCGGCGUCCGGCAUGCUCUUCAUCGUGCACUCGGACAGCGUGACCGUGCUCGUCUGCCUCGUCGCCACGUUCGCCGCCAUGCUCGCGCUCAUGGCCAGCCUCUAUGUGCAUAUGUUCCAGCUGGCACGCGUGCACAUGAGGCGCAUCGCCGCGCUGCCGGGCCCCGGUGGGGCCCGGCAGGCGGCCAACAUGAAGGCUGCCGUGACCCUCACCAUCCUGCUGGGCGUGUUCGUCACGUGCUGGGCGCCCUUCUUCAUGCACCUCGUCCUCAUGAUCUCCUGCCCCAAGAACCCCUACUGCAUCUGCUUCAUGUCCCACUUCAACGUGUACCUCAUCCUCAUCAUGUGCAACUCGGUCAUCGACCCGCUCAUCUAUGCCCUGCGCAGCUCGGAGAUGAGGAAGACCUUCCGGGAGAUCUGCUGCAGCUGCGGCUGGGGCGGGAUCGGGGAUGGAGAUAGAUGCGGGGUUGGAGGCAGCUGCCUGUAA